ACAAAUGAUUUCCUUUUUUUGCAGUUCAUUUUUCUACAUGGUCUGGGCGACUCUGGGUAUGACAUAUACAACUUGCACAUCGACUCUAAACAGGAUGAGAAAGGGAUAAUAGAAGCUUCUUUUGUUGCAGCUGAAAUAAGCAAUGGCAUUCCAUCAAAGCGAAUAGUGAUUGGCGGUUUUUCUCAAGGUGGCUCCGUAGCCCUGUAUCACGCUGUAACGGCAAAUCGUACAUACGGGGGCGUAGUCGCACUUAGCUCAUGGCUCCCACUUCACUCCAAUCCAUUCUAUUCAGCUCAUUCAAAUCCCCAAGGAUACGUUCUCAAGGGAUUUCAUCUGACCAAUUGCGAUUUCUGUACCUACAAUAAUAUGGGUCAUUCAUCAUGUGAUCAGGUAAUUGUAUCCUAUCUGUAUUUUUGCUACGUUUCACGUCCGCUCUUCCGAUCGUUACUUGUUAUGCUAAUGUUCCUCCCAAUUAUUUUCCUCUCUCCAGGAAAUGAAUGA